CUAGAUAGUCAGUUGAAUCUCUGGCAAGUGAUCAGGGUGUUGAAGAGCACAAAUUGUUGUCUACCGUUUUAUCAAGUGUUUUGGUGAAGUUAGAUAACAUGUUUGUAUAUGCAGAUAUGUCCAGUUUGUGCAAAAAGAGUUGGAAUGGAUUUGGUUGGUCAUAUUACUCAGCAACAUGGAAACAUUUUAAAGGUGCAGCGCAAGAGAAGAUGUCGGAGAGGUGGUACUUCGGCUCUCUCUAUUUUAAGAAGAGAGCUAAGGGAAGGGAGUUUGCAAUCCAUCCUUGGGGGAUCCUCUCGUUUGGUUUCUUCCUCCACUACAGAGCCAGAUCCCUUGUUAUCUUCAUUCAUUCACAAUACACCUUUGGCUAAUGAAAUUCCUGAUGUUCAACCUUUAUCUUCUGCUAAACAAAGUUCAAAAACAGAAAGCACUCUUGAGAACUCAUCUGAAAGAAAUGUUGAGCAAUCUCCGCUAUCUGACAAAGACCAAGAAGAGAAGGCGAGGAAGAGUAAGUUUGUGCAAGGGCUACUGCUAUCCACCUUUCUUGAAGAAGACCUCUAAAUGUGAAAAGGAUAAUGUUUAGCUUGGGUAGAGAAAAGAAGAGGAUGCUGUCGUUCUGUCUACUAGUUAGGUGAAGAGGGAACUCGUAAAAGUCCUGCUUAUGUGUAUAUUAAAUACUCGGUUAGUUUUCCAUCUUCAGUGUGGGCAAAUAUGCUCAUAUAUAUUCUAAUUACUUGUGUGAAGCGACGAGAAACAUAUAUGAGUAUAUAGCUAGUUUCACUAAACUUAAUCAAGUGUGGAAGCAGCUAGCGAAGGUGAAAUAAUUUUUCAUCAACUCAGUUUAUCGGGAGAUUCAGUACUUCAA